AUGUCCGCACAAUCAAUAUCCAUUCUCAUGAUUUUCUAUCAUGUCACAGCGAUUGAGGACUGGACUUGCGUUAAUAUAACGAAUUAUUAUCAAGAAAAAACAGGGGAAAAAGAAAGGAAGAAAAUACUUGAUUACAUAAAAAAAGAUCUCGGAAAAGUAUUAAAUCCUGAUUUUGAUUUCGAUGUAUUGCGUAAAAGAAAAGCACAAGAAAUUCUUAAUACUUGGAAGGUAAUUAGCAGCUGGGACUCCUUGUCUGAAAGGAAUGAGCCUUCGAACAGUCAUGAAUUCUUUGUUCGACGCUUAGUGCAAGCUGGACUCUUUGUCUACAGUGAUGAGCUUUUGAAUUGGUCUUCACUAAAGAAUUCACUAGAUUCGCAUAAUACAUGUGUGAAAAUUGGACAUUUACAGAUCAACGAUAAUGAUUGUCAAGAUAUAAACUUUGCAUGCGAUACUACGGAGGGUGUGAGGAAUUUUAAUACGGAGAAAAAGGAAGUACCGAUUGUAUAUAUCCAACCAAAAAAUUUAAAAAGAAAAUGUGAUGCCGAUAAAGAAAAUUUGGAAAUAAAUGGAAGUUCAGAUAACAACAAUAUAAAAUCAAUGGAGUUGAAAGAGUUAGAGCUUAAUCAUGAGAUAAAUAUUAGCGAAAAUGAAAUUUCAGAUUUUUAUCCGCUAAGUGAGGUAGAAUCAGAUUUCAAUGAGGCAGAAUCUGGUAGUGAGUCUCUCGUACAAAAAUAUCCGAAUGUAGAUAGCCCGAAGGAUCAUUGGCUCUUACCUUCAGGAAGAUCGAUAAAAAGUAUAAUUUAUGGACAAAAGAAUCUUCACAAAUCGCAUCCGUCACAUUUUGGAAUAAUACGUAUUGGUGCCAAAGUUCGUAAGCCCGAAUGGAUAGAGGAUGAAGAUUGGAACUAUUUAAAUUCAAGUGUCGAAUUCCCACACUUUAAAUUGUCAUCUAACACAGAAGAACUACUAACUUUACUUUUAGAGACUGACUCUUUAACCGAAUAUAAGAAAGCCAUUCGUGAAGCAAAAUAUAAAAAUGACGUUGAUGCAGAAAUGGAAUUUGUUACAGAUGUUCUUUGGUGGUUUGCCAAUAAUGUAUUUAAUACCGCAUCCGCUUUUCACGGUAUACAUAAAAACGAGGCGCUUUUAGGAUCAUCAAUGAUUCACCCAAUAUUACAGUACCUCAUGAAUACAACCGACCGUAUUACAUAUAUUCCUGGUGAAAUUUAUCUAAAAGCAAAUGCUAAUCAAAGAUUAUUGAGGCGUAAUUUAAAAUCUGAAGACGACAAACCUUUAGGUAUGGAGGUGGACGGUAUAUUUCAUACUCCAGGAAAUAAAGGACUUGAAAUUGGAAUGGUUGAGUUAUCAGGUGGUUAUUUGACUUCAGACACGCCUCGAUAUGUAAAAGACCAUGUUAAAGGUUGUUGGGGGUGUCGUGAUAUUCUAAAUGAUAUUGUGAAAAAAUACAAUCACGGAGAUUAUAAAAUUUUGAGAAAUUUACGUACAUGGUUCUUUCAUAUACAUGGCCAAGAGGUGCAGGUGUGGGGAAUGGAUCUGCCUGUUUCAAAAGUUUAUAGAAUGUUUUUAAUUGGUACAUUUUAUUUGCCAAUUAAUUGGGAUGAGCAUAAUGAAUUAGUGCAUGCGUUAAGAAUUUUAUGGAAUUUGGGAAGAGGCUUAGAUAACUCCUUUAAGUUACUCGAAGAAUUUAAGAAAUCACAUCGGCGCAAUACCGCGUUGCAUUCACAAUCGUCGAUAUUGAAAGACUGUGUUGGUAAUGUAAACGAGAAUUCACCAUUGAAUCCAACCAGUAAAAGAGCUCGAAUAAUAAAUCCUCAUUCCCUUACACCUAAUGAUCAUGGUGAUAGUAAUGAUAACGAUCCACCUUCACCGUCUCCAUCAGGUGUUCUGGAUACUCUUGCCUAUUGA